UCCAUCUCGAAGCUGGUUGAGCCGAACCAUUCCAUUCCACCAUUCCCCAGCACACACCUAGAUCCAGCAACCACCAAUGGCAUCGCCGCCGCCGGCGCUCCCGGACGAGGCAAGAUCAUCCUCCUCCUCCGCCUCCCACCCGACGACCCGGCCUGCCUCCUCCGCGCCUCCGUCCUCUGCAAGACCUGGAGCCACAACGUCUCCCGCCCCGGAUUCCGCCGCCGCGCCCACGAGCUCCACCGGGCACCCCCCGUGCCCGGCAUCCUCCUCCAGGACCGGAGAAACAAGCGCGUCCCCCGCUUCAACCCCAGCACCGCUUCGUCCUUCUCCCUCGCCGUACCAGAGGUUCCACCAGAUGGGGAGAAGUUGCUCUAGAGUCUACCACUACCAGCAUGGUCUAUGGUCUAUGGACAUGGACGAGUCUUGCUAUGUGAAGCUCAAGAGCAGACUCAUCCUUUGGGUGAUGUUCCUAAGUUUAAGAGCGCACGGAAUGAAGAAUCUGCAAAGAGUUCAGGUAGGGCCAGCAAAGUUGAUGCUGGGAACCGAAAAGACAUCAGGUAGCAAUGUUGAUGGUGCUCUACCUUCAGAGAAAUGUGAUUCUGAAUAAUUUGUUGUACGCUUGUACUGUAUAUACCAUUACCCCUUUCCCCCAGACACGUGUGGUGAAAUACUCAAAGUUUGCAUUAUUAUCUAGGCAUGUGUCUGAAAUUUUACUUGUAUGGAAUAAUUUCUCAAACAAGUUGUGGAACUAACUGAACCCACUGAUGUUAGCAUGGCACGGCUGAUGGCCCAAGGUAAUCAUAUUGCACACAGAGUUGUGAAGUGUAUUUGGACUUUGAACAGUUUGCAGUGUGGCGAUAUCUCUUAAAUUAUCAUCAUCAUUCCAUACGAGACAAUUUAGUAUAAGUUGUUUUCCUAAUAUAUAUAUUAUUCAAUUUUAAAGCAUAGAUAGUAGAUGAUGUUGCACAAAGCAUAGAGAAUCUCUGCUUGCUCGGAACAAGCUUGUCUUUGGGUUGUACAUAUUUUGAACGUGUACCUGGUCCUGCCGUCCUGGUGCCAUGUGUCAGUUACUCUAUAGCUAUGUCUAUGAUUACAGUGUGUGAACAGUCGAUUAUCUUCCCAAGGAGAUUCUGAACUGGCAUUAUUUGAUCAAACAACAUUUAACCCCUCUCUUGUUGAAGGCCAUGGCUUUUUUAAGCCGAGAGAACGGCAAGCACAAUUCGCUGCCUAACAUCGUAACCCCUUUUUAUUUUUACAUUUUUGCUAAAAAUCAGUCGACUGAUUUUGUUUUGGCUUUAAGUCAAAUUUUGAGGCGUUGAUUCAGUCUGAAUCUUGGCGCACCGGUGUGUCUGUGUUCCAUGUGCGAGGGGUUUUGGCGAUCAAGAUGUGCGUUAUUGGGUUCUGGUUUUUUCUCCCACCUGGUCUGGACCCGCGCCCGUCCCCCGAGGGGAAGGAGGAAGGCGAGUUUUCCCGGCGGGAGCUGCAGGGAUGGAUGGCAGGGCAGAGGAGCUGUCCCGUCGGGCGAGGCAUCACCGAGUGCCGGUCGGUGGGUGCGGAACCAGCCGCCGUCGUCGGUGGGGAGGAAGGUCUGCGCAACAAGCCUCCUGACAUCCGCGUCGCUUCCAGUGACUGUAGCAGCCAAGAAGGAGCUGCCUGUUUGUGGGGGUGGGUCUCAAGACGGAGCUUUUUGGGCUUGAAUGAGUUCAUCGCCCCCCCUCCAUGUGGACUGAUUAACACUUCUUCAAAGGGACAACUAGGUAUAUACUCGUCAGAAACUGGCACCUGGGGCGAGCUGACCUCAUUGCAACCCUUCUGGCCCAUGUGCUUCACAUUUUAUUCUAGUGUGCUUGUUGGGAGGUCUUUGCUCUACUUCAUGUUUGAUGAUGGGUCCAUCCUAGAGUAUGACCUUGCACGGCACGGUCUGGCUGUGGUUGAUCCACCUGAGUCAGACUACAUCGACCAAUGUAACAUCAUGCUGGUGGAGGACGGUGGACUAGGUGUUAAUGAAGUUGUGAAUUUGCACCUCAAAUUGUGGGCACGGGAGGCGAGUGAUAUCACUGAUGCACGAUGGGUGCUGAGCCGAGUCAUCUACCUCGGCAGUUUGCUCCCAAUUAGUGCUUUCGUGGGUGCAGAGACUAGGGUGCUAGUGUUGGGCUUUGCCGAGGGAGCAAAUGCCAUCUUCGUGACCACGGUUGCUGGCGUCUUCAUGAUCAAACUACAAUCAAAUAGGGUGAGAAAGGUGUGCGAUGAUCAUGGCUUUUGUAAUUUGAUUCCACUUGUCAGCUUCUACACUCCUAUGCCUCGAGUUGAGCACAAGGAUCCGUCGUUGAAGCAUAGUGAGGAGGCAGAUGGUACCGACCAAGAAGGGGAGGAGGAGAAGACAGCAGAUCAUGCACAACAGUUGAUUAACAAUGGGUCCAAUGUUAACAAGGAGGGGGACUUUGUUAACAUCCUUGAAUGCGCUAUCCAUGCCACAGAGAACAGGCCUUUGGCUUUUGUAGUUUGGUUUCAGAUGUUCUAUGGUAAUGUGAUUACUGAGCUAUGA